AUGACAAAAAAGAUCGCGAUCGUUGGUGCUACUGGGGAAACGGGAGGGUCAAUUGUUGAUGGCCUCCUCGGGUCCGAAACCCAAUAUGAAAUUACAGCUUUGGUGCGACCAAGCUCAGUUGAAAAGCCAGCAACUAUCAGCUUGAAAGAAAGGGGCAUUAAGAUUGUGCCAAUUGAUCUUGGUGGAAACCAUGCCGAGCUGGUCGCCGUGCUCACUGGGAUUGACACUGUCAUAUCGGCCAUUCACUUUCAAUCACUUCAUAAUGAGAUCCCACUGUCCAAUGCAGCCAAACAAGCUGGCGUUGAGCGAUAUGUGCCAUGCUUCUUCGCCACCAUUGCCCCUCGUGGUAUAAUGGAUGCCCGCGAUAGAAAGGAGGCAAUCCUCGAUCAUAUCCAGAGGAUCUAUCUUCCCUACACCGUGAUUGAUGUAGGUUGGUGGUACCAGAUUACUCUGCCCCGAGUUCCGUCGGGUAAGCUGGACGAAUCUCUCGUAUUCCCCAACAACAACAUCAUCGCUGGCGGUGAGAUCCCUUCCGCGCUCACAGAUGUUCGUGAUAUUGGAAUAUACGUCGCAGCCAUUGUGGGCGACCCAAGAACUAUCAAUAAAAGAGUAAUGGCCUACACAGAGACCAAGACGCAGAACGAAGUCCACAAAUUGGUAGAGAAGGUGAUUGGCGAGAAGCCAGAGUCUACUGCUUUGUCAAAGGAACAGCUUGAAGAGAUGUUAGCACCAUUCAAGGGAUCCACGGAACAAAACCAGAUGCGUAGUAUCUACGAGUACUGGAUGUCUUGGGGCAUACGAGGCGACAACACGCCAGAGAAUGCCGUUUACCUUGGGUAUCUUCUUGCAAAAGACCUGUUUCCCUCUCUACGAGGUAGAAGUCUGGAGGAUUUCAUUAAGGAUGCUCUUGAAGGGAAAGUCAAGAAGGUAUACCAACAGUAA